AGGGCUGAGCCUGAGUGGGCCGCGGGUAUCGGCGCCGCCAACAUGGACACGGCCUCCUCCCUCCGCACGCCUUGCUCGCUCGGCGCCGCCCCUCACUCCGGCAGCCGUAGCCUAUAGGCGGCCCCGAGAGGCGGGCCGCUCGCUGCCAUCCCCCCCGGCUCCGCUUUGGUGCCGCUGACAGGGGGUGGGGGGGGGACGAGGCGAAGGUGAGAUGAAGCUCUGGCGGCUUACGAGCCGCGAGUGGAACAAGGACAGCAACAGCAGCAGCCCCAGCAUCGUCUACAAGGACCACCAUCCGAAGAAUCAGGAGAUUGAAACCGUGAAAGAUUACUUAGAGAAAGCAAGAGAGGAAUUCUUACAGAAAUGGGAGUCCCCAUCACAGAACACGGCAUCUUUGGAUGACUUUGACAGAACAAAAACACUUGGUACUGGGUCCUUUGGCAGAGUGAUGUUAGUGAAACACAAAGCUACGAAGGAACAUUAUGCAAUGAAGAUACUGGACAAACAGAAGGUGGUAAAACUGAAACAGAUCGAGCACACGCUCAACGAAAAAAGGAUUCUUCAGGCUGUCAGGUUCCCUUUUCUGGUGCGGCUAGUAUUUUCAUUCAAGGAUAACACUAAUUUGUAUAUGGUGAUGGAAUAUAUUCAGGGAGGCGAGAUGUUUUCACAUUUAAGGAGAAGCGGAAGGUUCAGUGAACCUCACUCUCGAUUUUACGCAGCUCAGAUUGUCCUUGCCUUCGAAUACCUUCACUCGCUAGAUCUUCUAUACAGAGACCUGAAACCUGAAAACAUACUGAUUGACCAAAGUGGCUACAUCCAGGUGACAGAUUUUGGCUUUGCUAAGAGGGUAAAAGGCAGAACCUGGACACUGUGUGGAACUCCUGAAUAUCUAGCUCCUGAGAUCAUCCUUAGCAAGGGUUACAACAAAGCUGUGGAUUGGUGGGCGCUAGGGGUCCUAAUCUAUGAAAUGUCUGCUGGGUAUCCUCCAUUUUUUGCAGACCAGCCUAUUCAGAUUUAUGAGAAAAUAGUCUCUGGGAAGGUGCGGUUUCCAUCACAUUUCAGUUCAGAUUUGAAGGAUCUGCUGCGGAACUUGCUGCAGGUGGACCUGACCAAGCGGUUUGGUAAUCUGAGAAACGGUGUCAACGACAUCAAGAACCACAAGUGGUUUGCCAACACAGACUGGAUCUCCAUCUACAAAAGAACGGAGGAACCUCCCUUUAAACCCAAGAUGAAAGGUCUGGUGACACCAGCAACUUUGACGAGUAUGAAGAGGAGCCAAUCCGUGUGUCCAUCACAGAGAAAUACUCUAAAGAAUUUGCUGAUUUCUAGGGAACGAAAUGAGAUGAAGCAAUGAAGUGACUGGGAAAUUAAUACUCAUCUGGGACUGAAAGGAGGCACUGUUUGGAUGGGAGCCUAAACUUGUAUUUACUGAAAGCUUUUAUGUUAGGUUUGUGCAUUCCACCAGAUGGAGUACUAUAUUGCCAUGACUUGGAAGAGCCUUGUCCUCUUUCCCAUAAACAGACUCCUGCAAACCCUGAGGUUCUCCAGAUGGUCACUACUAUCAAUGACACACUAAACUGCUCUCUUUUUUUUUGCCGACCUCCGAUAACCAUUUAUAUCUCAAUGUGUCCGAAUGUUAUAUAUGUUCUGUGUUUUAAAAGAUAUUUUACUUAUACAUUAAAGCCCUUUAAUUUUUUUUUUCUAAAAUGU